CAGAGGCCAGAUGAGGAGGUAGUGGUGGACCAGGGGGGGACCAGCUCGGUGCUCAACAUCCACUAUGAGAAGGAAGAACUAGAAGGCCACAGGACUCUGUUUGUGGGGGUGCGAAUGCCGCGGCAGAGCCACCGCCACCACAAGACCCACAGCUCCCGCCACCGCAAGAAGGACAGAAGGGCUGGAAGCCUGGCCUCCCAACCAAGUGAGGACACCGAGACCUCCACAUCUACCCAUGAUACUCCCUCCCAGCGCGUCCAGUUCAUCCUGGGGUCCGAGGAGGAUGCGGAGCACGUGACUCACGAGCUGUUCACCGAGCUGGACGAGAUCUGUGUGAAGGAAGGGAAGGACGCAGAGUGGAAGGAAACAGCCAGGUGGCUGAAGUUUGAGGAGGAUGUUGAGGACGGCGGGGAGAGGUGGAGUAAACCCUACGUGGCCACGCUGUCCCUCCACAGCCUGUUUGAGCUACGCAGCUGCCUCAUCAACGGCAGCGUGCUGCUGGACAUGCAUGCUGACAGCAUAGAGGAGAUCGCAGGCAUUGUACUAAGCGGUUACAAGGACGACACAGAAAGCCUGAAGAGAGGAAACUUUCUUGAACUGUGCACAAUGCCUGACAACCCAAGUAACAAGACCUUAGAGCUUUGGAGUCAAGAAAAUAUCACAGCCUCUGCUGUGCCCUGGGGGAACCUGACUGUCAAGGAAUGCGUCAGUCUGCAGGGCCAGUUUGUCGGGACAGCGUGUGGCCACCAUGGCCCCUACACACCUGAUGUACUCUUCUGGUCUGCCAUCUUGUUCUUUGCUACCUUCUUCAUGUCUGCCUUCCUCAAGCAGUUCAAGACCAGCCGUUACUUCCCCACGAAGGUGCGGUCCAUGAUCAGCGACUUUGCGGUCUUCCUGACCAUUGUGGUUAUGGUGCUUCUUGACUAUGUUAUCGGGAUACCGUCCCAGAAGCUGCAGGUGCCCAGCAAGUUCCAGCCCACGAGAGAUGACCGAGGCUGGCUGAUCAACCCAAUCGGCCGUAACCCAUGGUGGACAGUGCUGGCGGCUUCUAUUCCUGCUUUGCUGUGCACCAUCCUUAUCUUCAUGGACCAGCAGAUCACCGCUGUCAUCAUCAACCGCAAAGAGCACAAACUGCUGAAGGGCUGUGGCUACCACCUAGACCUGCUGAUGGUGGGGGUAAUGCUGGCCGUGUGCUCCAUCAUGGGCCUGCCCUGGUUCGUCGCGGCCACUGUUCUGUCCAUCUCACACGUCAACAGCCUGAAGCUGGAGUCGGAGAGCUCGGCGCCGGGGGAGCAGCCUCGCUUCCUGGGCAUCAGGGAGCAGCGGCUCACCGGCCUGCUCAUCUUCCUGCUCAUGGGCUGCUCCGUCUUCAUGACCGGGGCCCUGCAGUUCAUUCCGAUGCCCGUGUUGUAUGGUGUCUUCCUGUACAUGGGCGCCUCCUCGCUGAAAGGCAUCCAGUUCUUUGACCGUCUGAAGUUGUUCGGCAUGCCGGCCAAGCACCAGCCAGACUUCAUCUACCUGCGCCACGUCCCGCUGAGGAAGGUGCACCUCUUCACCCUCACCCAGCUCACCUGCCUGGUGCUGCUGUGGGUCAUCAAGACCUCGCCCGCCGCCAUCGUCUUCCCCAUGAUGGUUCUGGCUCUGGUGUUCAUCCGUAAGCUACUGGACCUGUGCUUCUCUAAGAGGGAGCUGAGUUACCUGGAUGACUUGAUGCCAGAAUGGAAGAAGAAGAACCUCGACGACGCCUCCAAAAAGAUGGACGAGGAGUCCCAGGUUAUGCUGAGUAGUGUGAAAGGAGGGGAAGAGACCACUGUCCACAUCCAAAUGGAAAGUAGCAGGCUCACACAGGCCCCGAAACCACACGACCCAAGGUGUGAUCCCUCUGAUAUUAAUAUUUCUGAUGAAAUGUCUAAAACCACCGUGUGGAAAGCCCUAAGCUCCAAUCAAAAGGACACUCGUCCAGGGGCCACUAAGAAGGAUUGA